GCAAUUUCAACAUGGUAAAAAUUGCAAUACAAUUAAAAAGUAGAGUUAGUUAUUUAAUUGCGUCAGAACAUUAAAAAUGAAUUUUAUAAUUUGGAGCUUAUAUUUAGUUAUUUUCGGGGCCAAUCUCCAGAUGGCGCCAGCUUUCAAAUGGACAGCUCAUAAUGCGUAGAGAGGGCUCUCUUUUCCCUAUAUAUUAUUAUACUCUUUGAUAAAAGUGUUCUGUGAGUUUCAAACUUGUAGGGCACAGUGCAGUUCACAGAACACUUUUACUGUGACUUUUACUCUGUGCAGUUUUACUGGAAUAAAUAAUCCAGGGUGUAAAGUAUAUCAAAUUUUAUAACUCAAAAUAAAAUAAAAUAAAAUGAAUUUCAUUAAAAGUGUUCGUGAGUUUCUCUGUUACUGGUACUUGAGGUAUUUACUAGCUACUGAGCUGUAUAUGGUGGAGCCAUGGGAAAGAACUGUAGUUCAUAUUCUAAUGAUUGUUACAUUUGCAGUAUUCUGGUACUUCAACUAUUCAAUAGUUUUGUAUGGAAUAUCACACAUAAGGGAUUGUCCACAGCACUUUAUAACAUCGUGAACUCUAAUUAAAAUGUUGUUAAUGUUUGUAUUAUAAAUAAAUAUUUAUUUAUGUA